CACGUCGCGUCAGUCGUCGUGUACGUGUACGCGCGCGUGUUUGCCGCUCUACAGACUGCACCGGACCGGUGGUGCGCGCGUGUUGUUGUGUGCGCGUCAAUCGUAUACGCACUAUAAUAUACGUGUAUAGGUACACCGAACACCCGCCACCCCAAUCACCACCACCACUACCCUCUAAUUCACUCCGCACACGCCGUCAUCACCACCACCGCCAACACCACCACCACCGACGCCGACUCCACCACUACCCGCGACGACCGCGGUUUCCGCAACCGAAUCGCCGCCGCACCACCUGAUGGAUCCGCGCCGGACCGUGUAACUGCCGUGGUGCGACACACGACGACCGCGACGACACCGACACCGCGCCGCUCGCGCACUGCUUGUUUCGCCGACACGACCGGCACUACGACAUUAUCGUCGCUGUCGUCGUCGUCGUCGUCGUCGUCGUCCAACCGUCGGCUCACCGGCCGCAACACUUCGUCGCGGUAUCAUAUACCGCGACGGGCGACGACCGCGGUCACAGAGUCCCGUUCGAAUAUCUUCUUCUGGUUUGCGGUUGUCCCACUGCAGGAUAUAUCGCUUUAAAACAGUACAGGACUGCGAGUCCAUCGCCAUGUUGCGCUUCGAAGCAUGUAUGUCAUCUUCCCGGCGGACGAAGUCGUACAGCUGUCAUUCGGUCGACCCGCAACACGUCAGCGUCAACAGCAGCGGUCCGGUCAACGUUGCUAUUGCGACCAACACCGUACUGUCCCAGUCGUGGAUGGCGGUAACAAACUCUUAAGAGAAGAUCAACAAAUGAACCAAAUGGCCUCAGCGAUGGGCGAUGACCUAUCGCUUAGGGACCUUACGCAUCCGGCACUGAACGACUCCUUGAAAACGCACAAUGCCGCCACAUUCAAGCUCGUCAAAACAGUGUCCGAUUUCACGCAAGAGUUGUCCCAAAUGUACGAACAACACGCAGCCGAGCUGCAACUGCUAGUCACGAAUUUCCGAAAGAAAAACACCGAUCUCAGGAAGGACAGGCCCUCAUUCCCUAGCCAAUUAUUCUACACGUGGGAAACGUUCCUGCAAGAGGUGGAAACGGACUCGAAGUCAAUCAGUGACGUAGCUAGUGUACUCGGUCGACAAAUUUCUAGGCCGCUUUUAGAUAGGUCAUUCUAUCGAAAAGUACAAUCACGUAAAGUAUUCAGCCAAAGAGACUCGUUGGAAUUGAUCUUGCAAAAGUCUGAGGAUAAACUAUCAAAGUGCAGAGAAGAUUACAAACGUUCUUUCCUUGCCCAGCUGUCAUCUCCAAACAGCUCAGCAUCCCUAUCUUCGUACCUCGACGCCCACAAUGCCUACGUCACUCAACUCCAUGCCACCAACGGGAUGGUCGACCAGUACAACCAAUAUGUACUACCACAACUCUUACAGGAAUUAGAAGACGUUUACUCGGACUUGUGUAUGUCCCUGUCGGAUGCGGUUCUCCAAGGAUCUGACGUCAUAUACAACAAGUCCAGCGAUCAGUCGAAGAGAUACAAUGCUCUGGGAUCCCAAUGUCGACAACUGACACCGGGUUCGGAUUUGGUCGCGUUCGCCCGGUCCCUCACACCACUGCCCACCACGCCGCACCCGUCGCAGCGAACCCGAAGCUAUUGUCCGCCACAAGCUCCGGCGGACACCGAGGGAAUGAUCUUGGAACCAGGGGUCACGGAGGCUAUAGCACAGCUGGCGUUAAAAAACGAACUGAUUGUCGACAGACUGGCCAGCUUGGACGUGCGAGCAGGUUAUGACACUAUAAGAGCGGAAUUGAUGGACCUCGAGUCUCAGAUGAAACAGAUACAAGAUUCGGUGGAAACUUUUAAGCGCUUACAACAAAGGAGCCUGGAACAAUCGAUGUUCAGCAAGGCGAACGAACUUCAAGAGGACAUCAGCAUCAAGAGAUUUGAAUUUCGCACCGCGCAAAUGCACCUGGCGGCCGUCAAGUCGCAGAAAGAUCUGUUCGCAUCCAAGCUAGAAGCGACCGAAUCGAACGCACGAGAUAGGAAACUAUCGUCGUCGUCCAGUGGCAGCAUGAAAUCCAAAUGGUUAAAGGCCAUCAAGAGCCUGAAGACCACCAGUGGGCCGACCAACAACAAUACAACGCAAAAGGAUGAAAAGAAACACCAAAUGUACCACGCGGUAUCGACCAUAAUUGCAAUGAGGAAAACCGGACGUGACGGAAACCCACAGUUCUCGGCCAACACGGAAACGGCGCACCAGUUCCAGGAGUACACGUACAAGAAAAUUACACCGUGCGAUUUUUGUUCACAGGUCCUUAGAGGCCACACCAGACAAGGUCUCAAGUGUCGGGUGUGCAAGAUGAACGUGCACUUGGACUGCCAGGAGAAAGUCACCACCCGGUGUCAGGUGAAGUCACGGUUGUUGCGCCGACAGAAGUCUACGUCAGAGAUCGAGACGAAGAUGGCGGCAAUGAACGUGGCGGGCCGCGACGACGAUGAAGUAAUUCCCGGUGCGGACGGCGGCGGUGGUGUUGGCGGUGCCGGCGUUGGUGGUGUUGGUGGAGGAGGUGGUGGUGGUGGUGGAGGCGUUGGAGGUGGUGGAGGCGGCGGUGCAAGUGGCGGCGGUGGGGGCAGUGGUGCAAGCGGCGGCCUCCAGCUGCAACUGGACGGCGCGGGACAACCGGUCGACCAGGUGUACCAGGUGUUGAAGCAGGCCGGCGAGAUCCGCACGUCGCCCAGACCGGGCGGCGGCCCUUCCGGUUCACGGCAGCAGCAACAGAUGGCCGUCGGCGGGCCGCCCACUGAACCACUGCCCAGAUCGUCGCCAUCGCAGCAGCAACAGCAGCAGCAGCAGCAGCAACAGCAACAGCAGCAGCAGCACCCGCAGCAGCACCUGCAGCACCCGAACAGUUUAGGUAGACCGGGAACCACGCUGAACGUCACGUCGCCGCCAAUCGCGUCCAGCUCAGCGGAAUCACACGUCGUCGGCACGUCUUCGGCCUCCUGCAGACUCCCGGAAUCGGCAGCACCCAGAAGGCGGAGACUGUUCGGCGGCGUCAAGAGCUUUACCAUGUUCGGUGGCAGGUCCCAAACACAAGGCCGAUCGAUAUCGUUACCCGAAAGCCAGACCACCUGCUAUACUCAGGGACAAGACAAGCAUUUUUGGACUCGAUCAGUCCCUACCGCUCCGCACAGCCCUCGUCGACCGAAACUCAAUUCACGCAUGAAGAGCUUUUCGUUGGACUCGUCGGACACCGCGGAACAAGCGCAAAGGCGACGGAUGGGCGGCAGUGGCAACGGCAGUGGCGGCGGUGGCAGCGGCAGCAGCACCGGACUACAACAGCAGAUGGAAAGCUACUCGAAUCCUUCGUCCUCGUCCAGAUUGCAAUCUCCGUCUAGCCCGGUGCACAACCGGCGUCUACUGUCCACCAGGACCAUACGGAUGAGCUCCGUCGAGUUACCCGACGACAACGAUAAAUCACUGUCGUCGGCAAGUACGUCUCCGUGCCCGUCGCCGGUGAGAUAUUCACAAAAACCUCACAGGCUGUUACCGAAUAAUCUCUAUGUGGUGCUGUACAAUUUCAAAGCCCGCCGGGAAGACGAACUGGAUUUAAAGGCGGGAUACAAGGUCACAGUUAUCGACACGUCAGAUCCGGCCUGGUGGAAGGGUAAAUGUUUCGGUCGCGUCGGUUACUUUCCGUACAAUUACGUGACCAAAGUGCAGCCAGGCGAGAGGCCGUGGCAAGUCACAAUCAAUUUACAGGUGUUGGACGUUGACAAUAAUCCACUCACAUUGCUGAGAGACCAGAUCGUUAUCCAGAUCGGCGAAGGACCAGACGGCUCAGUAAUGAUCAGAAACGCAGAGAACAAACAGGGAAUGUGCCCGGUGAAGUUCCUGCAGGAGGUGUGACAAUCGGGUGAGCGAUACGUGACGCAUCGCUUCUCCAUGUCUCGACGUCCUUUCUUGAGCCCCUCUUUGCCCUCGGACUACGAGAGAUACGACGACGACCGGCCUUGCGGCCGUCGACAUUCCAACUCGCAGAACCGACCGCUGUUGGUGAUCGGUCAACGUUGAAACAAUCCGCGACGCCGAAUUAUACACACACACACAUUCAUACAAAUACUCACUUUUACAUACACCCGACACACACAUACGCACACGCACACACACGCGUAAUAUAUAUAUAUAUAUUAUUAUAUACAAACGCAUAAGCAGGUAUCGCAAUUCUCUAUACCCCCUCGACAGUCUCCUCGAACAACCCCCUCGCGGCUGAGGAAACUAGCCCACUCACCCACCUCCCCCCCCAGCAAACUACUACAGGAGUUGUUAAAUUACACCCCCUCCAUCCCUCGCUCACUACUUUGUUGUGUACAACACAGAUAUAUAUUAUUAUAUAUUUACGCCGACGAGACUCUACGAAAAUAUAAUAAUUCACCGUGUUGUGCCUGCUCGUUGUGCUUGUUUGUGCGACGUGUAUGGCGCGCGUGUGUGUGUAUGUUGUUGUUGUUGUUGCUGUUAUUACUUAUCCAAUCGAUUUAUAGAAAACUGUAUACCCUCUUCAUAUUCGUGCUACCACUAUAUUAUAUUAUGUUCUAUAACCCAUUCGACGACUCAUCUUCAUACCCACACACAUAUAUACGUAAAACUUCUAUUUUAUACGCGAACAUACAUAAUAAUAACAAUAUAAAUAUUAUAUUAUGUAAAAAAAAUUACGACCAAUUUUCUUGAAAAAAAAAAAAAAUUUAAUGAAAAAAAUUUAUUAUUCUAGCAUAUUAUUAUAAAUAUGAUCUCUCUGUAGUUAUAUAAUAAUAUAUUUUAGUCUGCAGAGAAAAUCGCACUCGUACGCGUGUGUAAAAUCAUGAAACAUAAUCAUUUUGUAAGCCUAAAACAGUAUUUUAACGUUAUAUUCGUACAGUUAUAUAUUAUAUUAAUUAUAUAUAUAUUAUAUUUGUAUACUGGCCUAGAUUUGGAUUGUGUUUUACAGGCUAUUCACACUUAUAAUUUUUUAUUAUUUUUUUUUAUUAAAGAAAUAUUAACAAAACAUAUUAUUAUCUCAACCAGGCACUUAGGUGUUUACCUAAUAUUAUUGGCUAUAAUAAUCGUUUAGCUAUGCUAUGUGUAAAUUACAUUUUGUCGUACGCUGAGCUAUAUAUUAUAUAUACAUAUAAUAAUAAUAUAUAUAUAAUGUUAUUUCGUGGUUAAAACUAUUAAUAAUAAUAAUAAUAAUAUAUAUAUAUAAAAAAAAUUAUAUAUAAAUUAUAUUACCUAUACCUUACGCUGAAUAAUACUUUUUGUCCGACACUUGUUUCCGUUAUGGACAUGGAGGUACUACAUUAUAUUAUCUAAUAAUAAUAUAUAUUAAAUUUUAAAAAGUUUUCGAAAAAUAAAAAUAUUUAUAUAUUUAGGGUAUCUCGCGCGUCCCCGCCUUGACCCAAAUUAAGUUUUAAAAAAACAAUCUUCGACUGCUGUCUAUAAUAUUAUAAAUAUGUAUUUGCAUGUUAUAUAAUAUUAUAUUAUACAUAUAUAGAUAUAUUGGUACUUCUGGUAUAAUGUAUUUACGAUAAUAAUAAUACGCUACUAUCCACCCGCUGACUUUUGAGCUUUUGAUACCCGUCCACACCACACAUACACUCACACAUGUUCACGAACGUCCGAAACAAUUAUUAUAUUAUUACCAGUGAUCUGUGUAGGCAUAAAGUUUAUUUUUUCUGUCGUGCCGAGAAACAUUUAUAAGGAUACUAAUAUAUUUUACCAUGCCGAAAAAAAACAAAAACCUGUGUUUCUUAUAUCCACCAUAUUUAAGUAUUAUAUUUACAUAAUAAUAUAUACUAUAUAUAUAUAAUUAACUAUAAACAAUGCUGUCCUCCACAUAUACUAUAGAUAUUCAACUAAACGAAAUAUGAGUACAACUACUGUACAAGUAUAAUAUAACAUAAAUCCGAAAGUUUUUCACUCGUUUUCAACGAAUAGUGAUUGUUAUAACGCGUGACUAGAGAAGAUAACUGAUCUUCGCUUUACACUCGACCUAAUCAAUCGACAGGCAUACGUGUUGUACCUAUCCAUCACAGUCAUGCUCAGACAUGUUUGCCAGACAGGGCUUUACAACUGUUCCGCGUGACUACCGUCCUGUUUCCUUAUAUAGCGAAGAAAUUCUAAAAUAUAUCCUUCUAUUUAGAUAACUACAUAACUCACCACCAGAACAUAAGUUUUUGUGACACGUAAAUUAUCCAUAUCGAGAUACAAAUAAUCUCUUACUAUAAAACUAAACGUGCUUGACAAUAUAUAAUGUGCUAUCCUGCAAAUUGUAAUAUUGGGUGUACAAUACUUUUAGUGUUAUGAGCAUACGAGAUUAUAAUAAAUCUUUUAACUCGAUAUUUUUUUACUCCUGUAUAACCAGAUUUCCCACAUUAGCGAGCAUUGUACCACUUUUGAUAUCUGCGUCCUCCUUUUUAAACGGUCCAUAAACAACCAUAAACACCUCAAAUGAUUUUUAAUGAAUUCUAAACACGUUUAGUUUAUCAUUUAUUGUAACUUUUAUACUGUCACUUUAAUUGUAAUAAUAUUAACGUUACUAAUCGGUUUUAGAGUAGGUUACAAGGGGUAGUAAAAGGGUUAAGCAAACGUACAAAUCUUCACGCUAAACACAACUCAAUCGACAAAUGUCAUAAUCAGGACUAUGAAUUUAACGCAUUAAAAAUUUGUUUGAACAUAUUAUGUAUGAAAUAUUAACAACAUUUUCUGAAGCAAUUGUCUUUUAUAUCUAGAAAAUAUUUUUAUUUACAUAAUUUCAUUAGGUACUUUAAAAUAUCCAUUUUCAAUAAUACCAAUUGCCAAUCAUUAGGUACGUGGAAUUUUUGAAGUAAAACUUCUUUACAGAAGGUACGAAUAAAAAACCAUCACGGUUGACUGUCACGGCACGAUAGAUAAUGACACAAUGUUCAAUACCAUGAGCUAUAUCAACCACAUGUUUGUGGUAUCGAUUCAUGUCGGGGACACCUGCUUUUUUGCAUUUUUUCUGAUAUAGGUAUUUAUUAUAUUUUUAAAAUUUUUUUAUACAAAACAAACAAUAGAAACGUGUAUGUUUCGUGUACGGUACCGUGUUGGCCGUCACGUGACGAUUUGUUUUCCGUACCCUCUGUAAAAAAGUUUCACUCACCAGCGCACACAUAUAUAUUAUUUUAAUCGGUAUUUAUAUUCAGUAUUCACUGGAAAACGUCAAUGACAACAUCUACAAUCUAAAAAUAUUUUAUCUCCGAGUAAAAUAUUCAACAAAUACCAUCCUUCUUAGAAUUAACUUUCACCCAUAAAAUAAAAACCUCCCCGGGAACUGAGCAAUCAAGAUUGGCAAAUUGUCGAGAAAAAAACAGUUAGUUAAUUUUUUUUCUACAUAUAGAAUAUUAUAGGUCGAUAGUUAAGUUCUAAAAAAAUAUCGGCCAAAACUUGAUUCCGUUACCGAACGACAAAAUAUAUAGAAAACCUCUAUAGUGGUUAGAUUAGGUAUAAUAGGUUAGCCAUAGACCUGUUUAUAACCUAAAACGUAACAAUAUCAUACAUAAUAUUUAUACAUGUACCUAUAAUAUUAUAUUGUUAUUAUAUUACAUUUCACAUCGAACACAUUUUCUUGCCACUAAUUAUGCGUAGGCGUAUGGCCGCAUAAUAUUUGCUUCCGCCGAUAUUUAAAUUUAAAUAUUGUUUAAUUAUUUCGUAAAUUAUAACUAUGUAUAUGAACAACGCAAAUCUUUUAUCAUCUUCGUUUUCGCGUUAAUUAUACUUUUAACGAUCAAAUCGUGGAUGUUAUAAAAGCAUCAGACACAACCCCCUCCCCCACCCACCCGAUAAUAUCAUUCGACCGCCACCGCGAGUAAAGCAGCCCAUAUACGCGAUCAAUAAUAUUAUCAGUAUUACUAUUAUAUAUAGGGGAGUCGGUAAAAAGUAAUGUAGGUAUGAAUUUAUAGCAACUGGUUACCUAGUCUGGGAGCGAACAACUACACACACAAUCAAUACAAUAUAAUAUGCAUAAUUACUCUUGCAUACGUCCAAACGAUAUUUGAGUAUAUUAUAAAAGCGGUGCCCACAGUAGCGUAUAAUAUAUUAUUAUGUAAUGUUAUAUAACUGCAUAUAGGUACCUAUAUCGGGUAUGUGUGUUAUUUACUACAAUAUUAUUUUAUACGCAUAUAGGUGUACUUAUAAUAUGUAUUAUAAUAUUAUCGUGCGCAGCAGUCACUCUCACCUGAACAUUGUAUACCAUGUUACCUAUAUAAAAUAAAUAUGCUUUCGUUUUAUAAAAUAUAUAUAUAUAUUAUUAUAAAAAUUAAUUGUGUAAGGAAAAAAAACGCUAAUGCCGCAUAACACAAAAUGUGUGUUGUAUAUUGCAUUAUGAUGAUAAUAUAUAAUAUUAUGUAUUAUUCGUUUGUACUUGUUUAUUUUAUUAUAAUUAUUAUAUUUUUUUUUUUAAUUCUGUUUUUACGUUAAAAUAUUAUAUUGUGUUAAAAUGUUUUUUUUCUCAUGUACAUAAUAUAAUAUUAAUAUAAGAACCGCGUACGAUUCGGCCGCACGAGAUACGUGAUGUGGUUUCAUUCUCCGGCGGCCGUCGUCGACUUAUAUAUUAUUAUGAAAUAUAGGUUAUGUAUAUUAUAAUACGUCGUUAUUUAUACGCCUAUUAAAUAAUAAUACUAUAUGUAUUGUACACUUACUCGCCGCCCUUCCACUUGUGAGCUUUCGGUGCACGCGUAGCGUCCACAUCAUAUAUUACCAGCUGUAAUGUGAGCGUUUCGCGUGCGCCGCGAUAAAUGUCUUAGAAAAUUGUAAUUGAAAAAUGUUUUUAAAAUUAAUAUAGGUAUAAUAUUAAUAAUAUAUAAUAUAUAAAAAAAUAUGAUUAUGAUCAUAAUAAUAUUAUAAUGUGGUAUUCUCGCGAAUAUAAUAUUUGAUGAAAACAAUAAUAAUAUAUAGAAGGUAUCUUCUACCUAUAAUGCCUAUACCGAUAUACCCGAUACGAACGAGCGUUAAUUAAAAUUUAUAUAAUAAUAUAGAAGUCUAUAAGUUUAGAAAUCACUCGUUUUAUUUUUCGCUUCUUGUUUUUCGCCCGUCGCCCGGAAAAACCUAUCGAAACGGCCGACGUGUGCCAAACGCGAAUAUUUCCGUACACGAUAACAAAUCGGAAACAAACUGCGUACGUGCGUGAAUACCCGCAGGAUCGGCGGAAGGAGGAUAGCGUAGGGUAAAAUUGUGAUCAAAAAUUGAUUUUUUUUUUUUUUUUUUUUACGCCCAUUAUGAUAAUAAUAAUUAAAAUUAUAACAUUAAUAAUAAUAUGUAAUUUGUUACACGAUCGUUAUUGUUCAUUUAUGGAAUAUAAUAUAUUAUAUUAUUACCUAUAUACGUAUAUUAUAUGUACACGUAAAUAUUAUUAUUAUUAUUACUAUUAUUAUUUGUAUAAUUGUAUGAUUUGUAUUAUUUUAAUAAGAUAUAUAAAUUAUAUAUCUAUUUUACACACAAACACACAUACAUACACAUACACACCCACGUGUUAACGAUUGUAUAACCAAUUUGUUAAAUGUAUAAUAAUAAUUUAUGUAAUGAUUAUAUAUUAUAUAUAUAACAUGAUAUAUAUACAUUGUGAGAUACGGCAAACGUUGCACUCAGUAAAUUUACACGUUGAUGAUUUAUAAUAAUAUUAUGUUAAAUAAAAUAUAUUAUAUAUGUUAAACACGAUAAUUGCACGGAAAUCAGAAAAAAACAUAAAAUUGUAAAACGAAUCAGAAACAAAAAUCACUGGAGUAUUAAGGAAACUCACUUAAAAGUAUCAAGUAUGACUUCAUGUCUUUAUAUAAUAUAUAUAUAGGUAUAUAAAUAUAUAAUAAGUAUAUGUUA